AAACUUACUACCCGACCCCAAAAUUCCCACACUUCUGCUUCGGCACGUGUUCUGAUCAGACGUAUUUCGCUCUCUCGCUCUUUACCUCUCGCGUUCCGUCAGUGUUGCUUGUGACAUUGCUAUAGAUUUGUGUUUACAUUGAGUUGCUGGCUUACCACCACAACCAAAAUGCCUUCAGAAAAGACAGUGACAAAAUCUAGUGAAACUCGAAGGAGUACCAAACCCAUUAUGGAAAAACGAAGGAGGGCUAGAAUCAAUAAUAGUCUUACUGAACUCAAGAACCUCAUCUUGGAUGCAUUAAAAAAAGAUAAUGCUCGUCACUCAAAGCUCGAAAAGGCUGACAUCCUGGAGAUGACGGUCAAGCACCUGCAGAACCUCCAAAGGCAACAGAUGACACCUGACCCCUCAAUGAUGGCCAAGUUCCGUGCUGGAUUCGCCGAAUGUGCCAGUGAGGUCAGUCGAUUCAUGAGUCGUGUCGAGGGCAUCGACCACACCGUUCGCCAACGAUUGCUCAACCACCUUGCCAACUGCCUGACGGGUAUGAACAACCCUCCGCCAACGCCUCUGCCGCCCGUUCAUGUUCAGGUUGGAGGCGCCCCAGAAUCAGAAUCCAACUCCACUAGAUUCCUUGGAGGUGUCCAGCUGGUACCUACUCGCCUUCCCAGUGGAGACAUUGCCUUCCUUCUUCCUGCUCAACUAUCUGUAUAUGCACCUUCUACUGUACCCAUCAGUCCUGCCAGUUCCACAUCAUCCGUAACAUCACCUAUGUCCACCACAUCAUCUUCGCCGAGUCCCGUCAAUGUACUUGGGUCUUCUGGAAUCCUGAGCCCAGCAGCCAGUGACCGUUGCAGUCCUAGCCCUGUUAUGCACACAAGAAUCUGCAGCCCCAGUCCAGUUAUGCAUUCACGAAUUCCUCAGGAGAUGCCAACAUCUGUGACAUCGCACUGCCCUGUCGUCGUUCCAGCUAUUAACCAACACAAAACAGAAUCCAAACCUGUCUGGAGACCGUUCCUUUAAUUUGGGACUUUUAUAUUGAGAAUAUUUGGACAUUCUGCUGAAGAACUGUGUAUAUAGAACUGAACGUGUAAAUAACUUAAUAUAUUACGUUAAUACAUAUCUACAUGUACUUCGUGUACAGAGCUUUUCUGCCAGGGCUAAGUGCCCUGUUAUAUCUGUGAUACUUAAGAAUUCGUACCGGUGCUAUGUUCAAGAAGUAGUAAGAUGUCGUACUAUGUAUGACAUGCCAUUCUACGCAACCAUCCAUGCCAAGAGAAAUAAAAAAGAAUAUUUUUAUUGAUUUUAAAA